GAGACUCGCUAGGUUUGCCGAACCAACUCCUCAAAGGGGGCUUAGAAGAAGAAGAAGAAUACAAAAAGUCCCUUUUACUUUUUUACCCUUUUCUUCUCGUGUUCUUUCUUAAUGGCGAGUUCUUCAAGAACAAAAUCCAGUGGACCAGUGCUUCGUUCUCUUUCGCCUUCUAACAACAAGUUCUGUUCCUAUUCAACGUCAAACGCACCGUUUCAUACACCCUCUUCAAACUUCUUCAACAAGCCUCACUCACACGUUCCUCACCGCUCCACUUCCCCGACACGUGUCAACAUAUACAGCGCCGCGCCCUCUCCCUCUUCCUCGGUCCGGUUCUCCCUCGACCGCUCCAUAUCCCCGAACCGGGCCGUGUCGAGCCACGUCAUCGCGAAGAAAGGCCACGUCACGGCUCAGAAGAGAACGUGCAUGUGCUCCCCAACGACGCAUCCCGGUUCGUUCCGCUGCAGCCUCCACAAGAACCACCACGCGCCGUCCGGUUCGUUUCCGUCGAACCGGCUCAACAUGCGCCGGUCCGCGAUGAAGAACUCGCUUGUGAGAAUCGGAGGAGUCGAAGGCGAGUGGGUGAAACGCGCCCUCACUGCGUUGAUUCGUCCUUCGUCGCACCAACAGAGGAGAAGAGCCGCGUUCGAAUCGAGACCGAGUCGUCUUUCAAUCAUGUCCAUGGCUGUAGAAGAUCUAUGAAUACUUUUUUUUUUUUUUUUUUUUUCCAAUUACAGGUUCAUUUUUGAAUCGCCGGAAUAUUCUCUUCUCCGCCGCCGAUGACGGAAUCCGACGAAAAUUUGGAAGAUUACGGCGUAGAUCUAAGAGACUCGACUCGAAUUCGGAUUAACGAGUGAGAGUGAUGAUUGAUGAGUUAGUUACGCUCGCCGUUAACGUUCCGUUGGUCACGUAGUGACGCCGUGUGGUGCGUUUGACGCCGCCGUUGACUCUCCGUUAUCUUUGGUCCAGUUGCUUUGCGUUUGGUGCAAGGUAUAUAUUCUUUAUCCAUUUUUUGAUGCCUUUAUUUAUUUUUUAAUUAAAUAUGUUUUAUUUGAUUUGGUUAAUUGCGAGAUUGGUUGUGCAGGUGUUUGGUGCAGGUGCUAUUCCAGAACGACGGAUUUCUUUUUUUUAUGGAAGAACUCACAUAUUCGACAUCUAUAAAAUAGUUAAGUGAAAAAAAUAAUAAUUAAAAGAGUUUAAUAUUACAAAAUGGAAAGAAAAAAAAAAAGG